AUGUCCAGGGCCGAGGAGCGCGACGAGGCGGAUUGUGUUUGUUCCGUCGGGAUGAAGUUCACCUGGGACAUCAACGACCCCAAACUGCCUCAGGACACGAAGCAGUUCGACCCGUUCCAGGAGUGGACAGACGGUUACGUUCGUUACAUCUACAGCGCCGAGGAUAAGAACGCCCAGAGGCACCUGUCUGGUUGGGCCAUGAGGAACACCAACAACCACAACUGUCAGAUCCUGAAGAAGUCUUGUCUGGGGGUGGUGGUCUGCUCCCGAGGCUGCUCGCUGCCCGACGGGUCCCGCCUGCAGCUCCGCCCCGCCAUCUGUGACAAGGCCCGCCAGAAACAGCAGAAGAAGCUGUGUCCGAGCUGCAGCGCCGCCCUGGAGCUGCUGCCGUGCCGCGGCCACAGCGGUUACCCCGUCACCAACUUCUGGAGGGUCGACGGCAAGGCCAUCUUCUUCCAGGCUAAAGGGGUCCACGAUCACCCCAGACCCGAGUCCAAAUCCGAGACUGAAGCCAGAAGAAGUUCGGUGAAGCGACGCGUCAGCUCGCCGCCGUUCACGCCGAAGAGACGACUCAUCGAAACCCAGGCUCUGGGCCCCGCCCUCCUGUCCUGCGUGGAUCCGGCGGACCGGAUCUCCUUCAUGGAGCCCAGCUACCCGCAGCAUUACCCAGCAUUCCAGAGUCCAGAGCCCUACUACAACCCCCACAAUGCACUGGGGGAGGCCCCGCCCACGCUGCAGAAACCAGCCAAUCCCAGGCUCUACAUGGGCCGGCCCGGCUACGAGUUCCAAGGAUACCUGACCUCGCCCUCGUACCCCAUGACCUCUGACCUCUGUGACCCCAGGGUGACUCCGGUCCUGGGUUCCUCCUCCUCCUCGGCGGCCUCCUCGGCUCCUCUCUCCUCCUCCUGCUCCUCCUUCGACCCCCAGACCAAGUCCCCCGCCGGCUGGAAGGAGCUCCUGAAGAGCUCCGCCCCCUACGGCGACAACCACCACUACUACAGCACCGAGUACCCCUGCCGGUACCCCCCCGCCGCCCCGGGGUCCCCCGCCGCCCUGCAGACCAUCAUCACCACCACCACCAAGGUCUCCUACCAGCCGUGUCCGAAGCCUCCCGCGGCGCUGCCGUCCUACCAGUCCUGUCCCAAACCUCCCGCCGGACUCCCGUCCUACCAGUCCUGUGCACCUCCUAAACCCGCCGGACUCCCCGGCUGCUCGUCGCUGCUGGACGACGCGUCCUCGUCCUCGUACUCCACCGAGGUGAAGGUGACGGACGAGUCCGGCGGCGUCAUCAAGUCCCUGUCCUUCCAGCCGGAGUCCCUCCAGACCAAGACGGAGCGCGCCGACGGCUACGACUACCGCUACACCUACCCCAACACGUACCGCUAUGAGGACUACUGA